AAGCGAAUCCAGCGGCGCCGCCUCAGCCCCGUUUGAGGAGUUCCUGAGCGCGACCCCCAGCGCGGGGUCCGUGUGCCGUGCGUGAGGACACGAGAGCUUAAAACAAUGAGUCAAGCUGGUGAAGAAAGUUCCAGUGCAACUGAGAAUGAGCAACAAUUGACUCCAACAAUUUAUAGCCGAGACGAAGGAUCCACUGACGUAACAGCAAGUCCUGCAUUUCAGUGUUUAGAUGAGCUAUUUUCUGCUGGAAAAAUCACAGACACCAAAGCAGCUGAGCUGAAGGAACAGUAUACCCUGCUGCAUAAGACUGUGAUAAGUUUACAGGAAUCUGAGACCCAGCUGUUGCAGGAAGCCAAACGUCUUAGUGCAGAGCUGGAACAGCAAGAACUGGAAAAAGCAGAACAAGUCCCCGAAGAAUCUUCCAGUGAAGCUUCCCAAAUAAGGCAACAACUUCUUAGUAGCCAAAGUGAAUACAAUGCUAUUAAAGGAAGAGAGCAUGAAAAUCAGUUGAAGAUAGAAUGUUUGCAAGAGGAAAAAAGGCUUCUGGAAGAUGAAUAUGAAAAAAUUCUGAAACAGAAGAAAGACGAUAAGAAAAUUAAACAGUUGAAAGAAAAUUGUGACGAGCUCUGCAAAGAAGUAGUUGAGAGGAAAGCAGAAAUUGAGGCAAUAGAAGAAGCUGUUUCGUCCAAGCAAAAGCUGAUAUUAUUAGAUGAGGAAGAAACAGAAAAGCUUCUGGACAUGCAGACUAAUUUAAAAAGUGAGCUAGUUAAGAUCCUUGGUGUUCCAAAACAGCUUGCAAAAGAAACUGAGAAGAUAUAUCGGAAAAAAAUUGAUGCAGAGAAGAAGAAUGAAGCCCUUAAUGAUGAAAUAGGAGAGUUGAGUAGAACCCUGAAAACCGAAAAAAGGACUGAAGAGAUGUUACAAGAAAGAGAAGACGUAAAGAAGGAAUUGGAGAGCAACCAAGUUUUGCUAGAAAGCAAAGAAAGAGAAUGCAUUAGUUUGACAAAAUUAGUAGAAAUUAACACUGAGAAGGAAUUAGAGAUCCUAUCAAACAGAGAAAUUCUGGAAAACAAUUUAAAUAAAUGUAUCUUGGAGAACAAAAAACAACGUGACGCUCUCACUCAAAAGCAAACACAGAAGGAGAGAGAACUGAAAAAUUUGAAAGUGUUGGAAGUACAACUGGGUAUGAUUUAUGAGUCCUUGGAACGAGACAAGGCACAGCAUAAAAGACUCAAAUCAGAGGUGGAAAUUAAUGCCAAAAAAAAUGAAGAAUUAUUAGAGAGACGACGAGAAGUGCAGGACGAAAUUGAAGUGAUCAAGAGACGUUUGGCUGAACAGGAAAUGAUCUCAGAUAUGGAUGCCCACAAGUUAGAAGAAUGCAUUGCUAAAGAACGCCUGCUUUUCAAAGAGCAGGAAAAGCGCAGAGAUGAGUUAUCCAAACUUAUACAUCUGACUUCUCUCAGAGCUGAUGAGAGGCAAAUGAAAUCCAGGGAUGUUCAGAAAGCCAAGAUCCAACUCCAAAAUCUUACUAAAGAAGUAAAAAGAAAGAAUCUUGAAAUAAAAGUCUGGAAAAAGAGGAGAAAAGACAUCCAAAACCAACUCCAAGGGUUUGCUAAAAUGUGCGAUUUUAUCCAAAGUGAAAGGGAUAAAUGUAUACAGUUGGUGCGUGGUGCUCAGUGGAAAGCAAGGGAAGCUGGAAACCGGGUAAAAUUCCUAGAAAAUAAAAUAGAAAAUUUAAGGAAUACUGUUUUAACCAAGGAAAGAAAAUUGCAGGAAAAGCAUACGAAGAUUAAAAAUAAUGCAGGAAUGAUAGAGUAUCUCAAAAUGAAUUAUUGCAAAAUUGCACAAGUCAUUCAAGAGACAAAAGAAAAACAAAAGCAUCUGAAUCUUGAGAGACUGACCAUGACAGUCACCCACAUUGAAGAGGACAUUGCGCGGCUCUGCAAAAAAUGCGAAAGGGCUGUUCAGCAACAAAAGGAGAGUUGUCUUCUGCUCAGAGAACGAGAUGAAGAACUAGGCUUCUUACACGAAAAAAUAAACAGGCAAGAGAUGAUGUGUAGAAAUGGAGAUAAUGAGAUGCAAGUUAUGGAUGAAAAGAUCAAUUUUCUGAAGCUGAAGGUAGCUGAGAAAAAGAGAGAGAUUGCAUUGUGUUUUAAAGACCUCACAGUGAAGAAUGCUCUGAAUGCAAAUCUGGCAACACUUGAGAUACAGUAUUCCCAGUGCAUAGAAAAGAUUAAACAGAUGGAGGAAAUCUUUGGUGAUGCCACAAAUGAAAGCAGAAGGCAUGAAAUGGGAGGGAAGGACCCAUCUGCACCUGAAUUGCUGAAAAAGAUUGAACAGCUGGAAGCAGAGCUGCUCCAAAAGGAGCAGAAGUUGAUGCAGAAGGAAUUUCUUUGCGAGUCCAUUUCUGAAAUGACGGACAGAAUCCGUGUCGAGGCAGAGAACAGGAAGCAGGACAUGCUGCUGUUCGCUAGAAGGAUGAAUGAACUGCAGAGGAAGAUAAAGGACAGAACCCAGGAAAGGAGGGCUCUUAUUGCAGAGUUGACCAUGAAGCAAUCACUUGUCGUUCAACUGCAAGAGGAAAUGAGAGAAAAAGAACAAUUUGUGAUGAUUGCUUCAUGGAGGAUAAGUCAAGGUCUCCCCCCUCCUAAAGAAACAGCAAAGGAAUGGUUGAAGGUCCUAGGCAGUGAGAAGACACACAAAGCAGCAGCUGAAGCCAGAGCUGAAGACCCUGCAGAGAAGGAACAAGAUGCAGUGCCUGGCCAUGCCCACACGACAGCCCAAGGAUGCCCAAGCUCCUCUAUCCCAGAUAAGGAACAGAGUCCCCCAUUCCCACGGCCCCACGGUGCUCUGCCUCCUCUCAGACCAAGUGAAUCCAGUUCAGAUCAGAGACAUUUCAGCAAAUCUACUGCACAGCCAUCUGAAACCUCAACAGACAGCACCUGAAGCAGGAGAGGCCAUUUCUGGUUGCUGAAUCCUGAGGGUCAGCAGCAUUUACACUGCACUGAAGGAAUGUCUGUUACUGUUCAGCCAAAGUCCAUAUUGAAAACAAAGUACUUCU